UCAUUUUCAGGCGCAGGAAGUCAUUUCGAGGCUCUCGAGGUGAAUGAGGAUAUACGAAUAAUCAGGAAGACAUUAUCGGAAGAACGUCAGUCCACAAGAAAAUGUGAGUUUACCGCAGUAGGGAGAUAAUUCUUUGAAGCAUUUGACUUUUUCUCGUGCAACGACCAACACUAUACCCUUCAAACUAUUAUCUAACUCUCAUGUAAACUGCCUCUCGCUUGUCAACUCUCAUGCAACUCUUGUUCUCGUUUGAUCAAGCAAUGAAAGUUGAGAAAACUCUAGUUAUACUGGAUAGCUCUAUCAGUUCUAAACGUUUCUUCCUAGAGGUCCAGUAAGGAUCAUCUCUUUUUGAUCCAGUGUUACUACAGGAGGAAAUCUAUACUAAACUAACUUUAUUUAUACUGGGUAGCUCUAUCAGUUCUAAACUGUUCUUCCUAGAGGUCCAGUAAGGAUAAUCUCUUAUUGAUCCAGUGUUACUGCAGGAGGAAACCUAAACUAAACUAACUUUAUUUAUACUGGAUAGCUCUAUCACUUCUAAACUGUUCUUCCUAGUGGUCCAGUAAGGAUUAUCUCUUAACAUUGAUCUGAUGUUACUACACGAUGAAACCUAAUCUGUUCUCCCUUAUUGAUUUUUGAAGGCAAGUGUGUGCAUAAUUUGAAGUCAAACUAGAAGUACUAGGAAUUUGAGCUGUCAAAAAGUCAAUUGGGAAGCUACGUGAUAUAAAAUAUGCCCGCUAGGUACCAUUAUAGAUCUAUUGUUGUUCUUUCCUGUUUGAGGAAACUCUCGUCGACAAACCUGGCUUUCCGACAAUGAGUUUUCUAUACUUUAUAAACGUUUCUGCGAUAACAAUGACAUAAUUUCUACCUUGGCGCAAAAAAACAAUUAAAAAAUGUUACUUUCAAAGUGGUUUAGGCACCGCCAAGUGCUUUUAUAAAAAGAUAUUUUUAUCUUAAAUCGUCGAUUGUGUUGAACCAACCUUAACUAAACUUCCUUGAAUUUGAAAAUUCAAGGCCUUGAAUGUCCUUGAAUUUGUAAAAAAGUACUUGAAAGUCCUUAAAUUUUUCUCGCUUUAGUUUUUGGAUAUUUUCUGGAAUUGUUUGACAUUCAAAACUGACAUUUUGUUGAAUUGAUUUUUGCUAACCCCUUUUCUUCAGUAUUUAUUCAGUAUUCUUGAAUUUGCUGAUACGUGGCUUUGAAUGUCCUUGAAUUUGACUCUUUCUCACAUGUACGAACCAUGUUAAUACAGUUUUAAACUGUUCUUCCUAGAGGUCCAGUAAACGUCAUCUCUUAUUGAUCUAGUUUUACUACAGGAGGAAACCUAAACUAAACUAACUUUAUUUAUACUCGAUAGCUCUAUCAGUUCUAAACUGUUCUUCCCAGGGGUCUACUAAGAAUCAUCUCUUAUUGGUCCAGUGUUACUACAGGAGGAAACCUGAACUAAACUAACUUUAUUUAUACUGGAUAGCUCUAUCAGUUCUAAACUGUUCUUCCUAGAGGUCCAGUAAACGUCAUCUCUUAUUGAUCUAGUUUUACUACAGGAGGAAACCUAAACAUAAACUAACUUUAUUUAUACUCGAUAGCUCUAUCAGUUCUAAACUGUUCUCCCUAGAGUAGAGGUCCAGUAAGAGUCAUCUCUUAUUGAUCCAGUGUUACUACAGGAGGAAACCUAAACAUAAACUAACUUUAUUUAUACUCGAUAACUCUAUCAGUUCUAAACUGUUCUCCCUAGAGUAGAGGUCCAGUAAGAAUCAUCUCUUAUUGAUCCAGUGUUACUACAGGAGGAAACCUGAACUAAACUAACUUUGUUUAUACUGGAUAGCUCUAUCAGUUCUAAACUGUUCUCCCUAUAUAGAGGUCCAGUAAAAGUCAUUCCUUAUUUUAACUGACAUACGAGGAAGCUAUUCCUUAUCAUUCUUUAUUUUAACUCACAUAUGGGGAAGGUAUUUCUUACUAUGCAGGAAUGUAUACUACGUGAGUCUGGCCAGGGUCGAAGAAGCGAAGCUGAAUAGACGACUGUGCGAUGCACAAACCCCUGCAGAGUACGAUACUAUAAUCACCAGCAAGAACAGAUGCAUUUCUACCAACAAUAAUUAUGCUAAUCCUAUGACGGAUAGUGGUUCCUGCAAUUAAGUAUGUUUUAGGAGUGGUUAUACAAUUUUGGAAUUAAUUUGUAUGGUCUUUGUGUGAGCUCUUUGUUUCAAACUAGCGUUGCAUAGCAAAGGUAUGAUAUAUGGAGUCAGCUAGAAUUAAUAUUUCAUUCGUCAGAAGUACUCCUAGAGCCGUGUUGACAUAUUAAUACACAACUUUUAAACUAUUGAAAGUUUUGAACAGACUUGUACUUCUUAUUUACAGCCUUCGUUUGUCAAGAAAAAGAAGCCGUUCCAGUGUAUAAAAGUCAAGAAUAUAUCCUCAAUUUGACCAAUUUUAAUUGAAAUUACUUUUAAUUAAACGCUGAGAAAAUGGCCCAUUCUAUAACGUUUUUGAUAUGUGUAUCUUGUUUGUCGAUGUUUGUCAAAGGAGAUAUUCUGCCGACGAUCUACUGGGAACCCAGAGCACCAGCGUAAGUUUGUGGUUAAUUUAUUGUAUAUGUGUACUAGAUAAAACAUGAGCAGCUGAUCUUUAUCUGAUAUACAAAUCGGGCCGAAUUUGGAGAGAAUUUGUAUAUCAGAUAAGGAUUGGAUGCGAAUGUUUAACGUGCUUAAAAAACGACCCAUCUUAUGAGUUCAUUGGCGAAGUAAUUUUAAAAAUAAACAUUGUCUAAGCCGGUAAUUCAAAGCUGAAGUUUAUGUAAAAUCAGGACAAAUGUUUAUCCGAUUUACAAACAUUGAUUAAACAUUCAUUUCUUUUGUAUUUUCCUCGUAAAUUAUUAAUGAGAUUUUUAAAUAUAUAUAUGGUUCAAGAUAUGAUUAGCAUGAUCGAAUUAAUACAGUUGUGGUGACACAUUGGUUAGUGAACAUGCCUUUCAAUUUGUGACCGAGGUUUCAUUCCUGCUAUAUCCAGUUGUCUGAUGGUAAUUUCACCACAUCAGUCGCAUGUACAUGUGAGAAGAGUGCUUUAUUUUGACUCGACGAGAUUUCUUCCGGUACUGCGAUUUCUUCCUGUAUAUUAAUAAGAGCAGUUUAGAAAUGAUAGAGCUAUCCAGUAUAAAUGAAGUUAGUUUAGUUUAGGUUUCCUCCUGUAGUAACACUGGAUCAAUAAGAGAUGAUCCUUACUGGAACUCUAGGAAGAACUGUUUAGAACUGAUAGACCUAUCCAGUAUAAAUAAAGUUAGUUUAACCGUAUUUUUGUAAUAUUUAGAGUUCAUCCUGAUUAUUGGUCAGACGUUGUUGGCGUCAAACUCUACCAGAGUGUAACGUUUCUGUGUCCAAAUACUAAGAUCAGUUUUAUUCCAUUAAAAACGGCGAGCGUUGGAAUAUAUUAUAAUCUCUAUGUGAGAGAAGUCAACCCUAAUGAUACGAAUCUGGACUAUAAUACAGUUUGUGAUCCUAAAAGUGAGUAACCAGUUCCAUAACUAAUGCUGGUAUAAUAUAGUAUAGUAUGGUAUACGUUGGUCAAAUUUAGCAAAAUGUCUCCCACUCGUGCGGGCUUGUAUUGUCAGCGGACAUCUUGCAGAAAGUGGACAGACUACAAUAGAUGCCAUAUCAUUAGUAUUCUUUAUAUAAAGAAUACUAAUUAGGAUGGACUUGAAAAUUAGUUUUAUCAUGUAUAAUGAGUUUUAUCAUGAAAAUGAGUUUUAUCAGGUAUAAAGCUUCUUCACGUGACAUAUUAUGGUUGACAUGAUUUGCCAAUACGUUAUAAAUUAUUAAUGAGGGUUUGACGGUAUGAAAAAGUAUGGUAUGGGGUGAUAUGGUAUGUUAAAGUGUGGUGUGUUAUGGUAUGCUGUAGUUUGGUGUGGUAUUGUAGUGUUAUGGUAUGCUGUAGUAUGGUAUGAUAUGGUAUGCUUGUGGUAUGGUAUGAAAAAGUAUGGCAUGGUGUGCUAUGGUAUGCUGUAGUAUUGUAUGGUAAAGUAUGAUAUGGUAGGCAUUGCGUGUAACAAACUAAUUUUUCUUUUUAGAGUCGCAUCACGUGUACUCGUGCAACCAAACGCAUGAUUUUAAAAUCGAUUACAGAGGACUGCAAAUUAGUGAAGUACAGGCAUUUCCCAAGGAUCCAACAUUCAAAGUUGGCAUGGAUUACAUUUUCUUUUGUAAGUUUCUAUGUGGAGAACUGAUAGAGUUAUCCAGUAUAAAUAAAGUUAUUAAAUUAUCUUCAUUUCAUUCUUUCUAGCGACAUCCAAUGGACUGCACAACUCGUUGAAAACGGCUUCAACAAAAUGCACAAUGAUUUUUAGGAUUCACGUCUGCGAGGCUAAACAACAUUGUCCAGUACCACUCUGCCCCUCGUUCGGGAGGGAGAAAGGUAUGAGAACACUUGUAAAUAUUAAAACUAAGAAAUGAUGGUGCUGAAUCUCAGAAAUGUUGAUACUUAGAGGAACAAGGAAGUUAAACUACAUCUUUCAAUUUUAUUUUCCUCCAAACACAAGACUACUACAUAUAAUGAAAAGAAUGAACAUUAUUUUCUCACUCUGAUCACUGCGGGUUGAACACCAACUGCUGCACGAUAGUGCUUUGUGAAACACAUCUUUACAUAUACAUAAAGAGAGUAAUAAAUAGUAAUAGAUCUAUCUUUUCUGUUUAGUUUGUGUUCGUAAAUCAAAACUGAGCGAUGCACCAUGGGAUAUACAAGUCACAAAUAACGCGUCAUCAUCGUUGAAGAUCUCCUGGAAGCCACCGCUGAACAGAGACAACGCAGUCGCACACUACUCCAUCUGUUAUCGCACGAACACCUCGCAAGCAUGUCGGACUAAAAUUGUCGCAGCUCAUGCUAAUUCCACCGUCUUAGAAAAUCUCGACGCUUCGACGCAUUACUUCAUACGUGUGCGCGCGGUCACAUGUAAAGGACCUGGAAACUAUUCUGAGGAAAUUUCAAAUAAAACUCAAGGUAGACGAAUAUUAUGUUUUUCGACCCGUGUUGCGUCAUAGAUUUUCGUCAUCUACAGAACUUUGGAAAAGGUGAAUUCCAAGUGGAUCCCAGAAUUAUUCGCCACAACUUACAUACACAAAAAUCUCACAUCUUGUAACAAGUUUGUCAACAAGCCGUCAGCAAGUUGUGUUCGCACUGCUUGUCCCAAGUUAUCAACAAGCUUGGAACAAGCUGUUAACAACUCGUGACAAUCCUGUUGAUAUUAUCAGACUUGUUACAAGGUUGUUCCAACAAGUCCGAUACAGUCAUGAUAUAGCAAUAUUGUUACAACCUUGUGUCAUCAACCUUGUAACAUUCUUAUUAUAUCAUGACUGUAUCAGACUUGUUAGAACAACCUUGUAACAAAUCUGAUAAUGCCAUCAAGCUUGUUACAAGUUGUUAACAGCUUGUUCCAAACUUGUCACAACAACUGGGAACAAGCAUUGCGAACACAACUUGUCGACAGCUUGUGAACAGAUUUGUAUCAACGUGUUUGCAGAUCUGUAACAACAUUUUUACGUAAUUAUUUUUUUCUAUGCAGAUCAAGCCAUCACUAGUGCACCGCAAAACGUUACAUUAUCCAAUACAACCACCUCAUCUGUAACAAUCAGUUGGCGAACCCCACGUGUCAUUGUGGGCGAUGUGAUUUACUACAGUUUAUGUGUCCGAGAGGAACCGAAUAGGAGCCUGGGGAGCGAUUGUCAAACAACAAUUUUUGAGCCUACACAACUAUCAGCGGUCAUCCAUGGUCUCGAUGCUUAUACUUCAUAUGGGAUACGUGUUAGAGCGCACAAUUUCAAAAGACCUGGGAACUACUCUGAGGAAUCAAUAAUUAAGACCCUGGGUAAGGAUUGGCUUCGGCUGGUGGUGUUUACUCCAUGUUGACCAAGUAUUUAUUAGGGAAUUUACGACGCGGCCGGCUCAACGACGCGGUCUAAAUUUUAGCUCAAGAAUGAGCGCUAAGCACUUCGAUUACUGUAAUAAAUAUUUGACUCUUUCAAAUAACCUUACAAAAUGCUAUGUUCGGCUAAUGCGAUGCAAUGUUUGCUGUAAUUACAACUUUUAGUAACACCUCUUGUGUCGCAUUAGGCUUUCGCGUUGCCUGAAAGACGUAAUAAUGCUUUUUUAACGUUGUGUUGAGAAUAACAACGCGGUUGACAAUACUCAUGGGACCACAAAUUAUUGAUAGUUUUUGUCUUGCAUGACAAAUUUCUUUGUAAGUUCUUUGUAGGUUUGCAUGGCGAUAAAACACAUAGUACUAUUGUUUGUGGAAACACCAAAUUUCUUUGUUUUGAAAGCGCGUCGUCGAGCCGGCCGCGUCGUAAAUCGUAAACUCCCUAAUGUGGUCAGUGCAUGUGUAUUUCAUCUCUGUGACUGAGGUUUGAUUUCUGCAAUAUGCAGUUGUCUCACUAUAAUUUCACCUCAGUCACUUGUGAGAAGAAUGCUUCCAGUUUGAUUUUAGAAGAACAUAUGAGAUGAUAGAGGUCCAGUAAGGAGAACUGAUAGAACUAUCCAGUAUAAAUAAAGUUAGUUUAGUUUAGGUUUCCUCCUGUAGUAACACUGGAUCAAUAACAGAUGAUCCUUACUGGACCUCUUGGAAGAACGUUUUAGAACUGAUAGAGCUAUGCAGUAUAAAUAAAGUUAGUUUAGUUUAGGUUUCCUCCUGUAGUAACACUGGUUCAAUAAGAGAUGAUUCUUACUGGACCUCUAGGAAGAACAGUUUAGAACUGAUAAAGCUAUCCAAUAUGAAAUAAAGUUAGUUUAGUUCAGGUUUCCUCCUGUAGUAACACUGGGUCAAUAAGAGAUGACCCUUACUGGACCUCUAGGAAGAACAGUUUAGAACUGAUAGAGCUAUCUAGUAUAAAUGAAGUUAGCUUAGUUUAGGUUUCCUCCUGUAGUAACACUAGAUAAAUAAGAGAUGACUCUUACUCGACCUCUAGGAUGAACAAUUUAGAACUGUUGGAGCUAUCCAGUAUAAGUAGAGUUUGUUUAGAUUUUUAGGCUAAUUUUCUUUUCAUAUCUGAUCAUAGAAAUACCGACUACAGAAUUUCCUCCUAGUACUGUAACAUCUACACAAAUUCAUGCAUCUUCAACAAUGAAAGGUAAAAUAUUCAUCCAGAUAUUGAACUUAACACAACUCUUUCCUGUUAGAGAACAUUUUGAUCGCCAAGAUAAAUGGCACUUGACUCUAACUGGAGCUCUAGGAAGAACAGUUUAGAAGUGAUUGAGCUAUCCAGUAUAAAUAAAGUCAGUUUAGUUUAGGUUUCCUCCUGUAGUAACACUGGAUCAAUAAGAGAUGAUCCUUACUGGACCUCUAGGAAGAACAGUUUAGAACUGAUAGAACUAUCCAAUAUAAAUAAAGUUAGUUUAGUUUAGGUUUCCUCCUGUAGUAACACUGGAUCAAUAAGAGAUGAUCCUUACUGGACCUCUAGGAAGAACAGUUUAGAACUGAUAGAACUAUCCAAUAUAAAUAAAGUUGGUUUGGUUUAGUUUUCCUCCUGUAGUAACACUCGAUCAAUAAGAGAUGAUCCUUACUGGACCUCUAGGAAGAACAGUUUAGAACUGAUGGAACUAUCCAGGAUAAAUAAAGUUAGUUGAGUUUUUACUAGUCUGUGAACAUCACUUGAAAAACAUUCCUCUCCAUUACCUAGCGACUGCUGAACGGCCAACAGCCCAGGCUCAACAAGGUUGUAAUGGGUCCACAGUUGAUUCGAUGUCAUUGUUCAUUGGCGUAAUAGUUGGGGCAAUAGCAGCUUUUGCUGUCUCAGCCCUGGUUUGGAUUUUGAAGGCAAAACAACGAAAAGAAAUGCGUAAGUUUAAAUUAUUUAUAUUGUGGGGUCUUAUGCCAUAAUAAAAUGCUGUGGUUUGUGUCAGUACAGUACAGUACAGUACAAGUUUGGUACAGUACAGUACAGUACAGUACAAGUUUGGGCUCCACAGUCAGUACAUCUAAUCAAGCAAUUGGAAUCUUUGCAGAGAAGAGCAACAAAGUAUAUUCUAUGCCUACCAUGUGAUACUACUAUUACAUACAAAGACCGGCUCUUAAAAUUAGAUCUUUUACCGAUGUCGUAUUGGCAUGAAUAUUUGGAUGUGUUGUAUUUGUACAAGCUGGCAUCUGGCAUGCUUUCUUUAAAGUUGCAUGACUUCUUAAAAGUUAAACAACCAUUACGUGUAACGAGAAGAAGUAAUCCUUCAUCAGGUUUAAUGUUUGAUAUCCCAAAAGUACGUACAGUAACAUAUCAAUCUAGUUAUUUUAUUCGAACUGCUAGAAUUUGGAAUGAACUGCCAUCAUCCAUACGAUUAUUAGAAACUUUAUGUCAGUUUAAAAAUAGUCUAUUGAAAUACUACAAAGAUUGUCUAAAAACUAUUUAUGACACUGACAAUCCAAGAACUUGGAAAACUGUGUGUCCAAAAUGUCAUAACUGUUCUGUUUUAGUAAAGCAAUCACAGUGUUGCUGAUUUUAUUUUAUUUAUAUUUUAUAAUGGGCCACUGUUAUUGGGGUUUUUAACCCUGUUGUUGGUUCCUGACACUUUAAAGUAUUUAUGUGUGGUAUUUGUACGUUUGUAAUUUAAUUUUUCUUUUUGUCAUAUCGAAAUAAAAAAAAAAAAGAAAAAAAGUACAGUACAGUACAGUACAGUACAGUACAGUACAGUACAGUACAGUACAGUACAGUACAGUACAGUACAGUACAGUACAGUACAGUACAGUACAGGACGCGACAGUACAUAUCUACAUCAUCACAGCCCCAUUGGAAGAAUCUGCAGAGGGCAAUUAUGGUGAGCCGAAAGACUCGAGCUACACACGUAAAAACGCACAAGUUGUAACAAACCUGCAGCAGACUUGUUGCAAUGCUGUUCCAACAACUUGUCAACAGGAUGUGUUCGCAUUGCGCUUGUUCCAGCUUGUUAACACGUUGUCAACAGGUUGUUAACAACUUGCUACAAGUUAUUGAGCUCAGCAGACUUGUUACAAGUUGUGAGUGACAACCUUGUAGCAACUUGAUAAAAUAACAGCAUUGUUACAACUUGUUGACAAGCUUGCUACAAGUCUGUUGCGAACACAUCUUGUUGAGAAGUUGUGAGAUUUUUACGUAUGUGGAAGACAUAAUCUAAUGUGCACUCUUCGUGUGAACUGUAACCGAAGGGCGACCCAACCUCGUUCUGACCAGAAACUAAUGUGAUAUUUCUCGCUAGUUCCUGUAACAACAUCAAAGAAUGUCAACCAAGGAUAUCGCUCAAGCGUCAGUGGAGUGAACUCGUUGGAUAAAAAUAAAAACCAGGACUUUGCCAUGGAUUUGGUUGCAUCAAAAUAACGAGGUUUGAAACAGAGAAUCUUUGUAAAAUAACCCGCACGCCUGCUAUUUUGGAGAAUAUUAUUUCAGUCAGCUUUACAGGACAGCAGAUGUCGACUUCAGAAAUGUUGACACUUUUUGAGCACGAAAAUGAAACUACAUCAGUCUCUCAACAUUAUUUAUUCGCUUCCAAAUACAAGACUACUACUUAGAAUGAAACGAAUGAACAUUGUUUUCUCACUCUGGAUCGAAUUUCAGCCAACAUUUAUCCAUGACAAAACCAAGCACAUUUUGGUUGGCCACAUGAAGAAUUUGAACUAAUCCAAGUAAUAAUUAACCUGUAUUUUUAAGUAAAUUGUUGUCUUUGCUCAAAUGAAGAAUUUGAACUUAUCCAAGUAAUAAUUAACCUGUAUUUAUAAGUAAAUUGUUGCUUUUGCUCAAAUGAAGAAUUUGAACUAAUCCAAGUAAUAAUUAACCUGUAUUUAUAAGUAAAUUGUUGUCUUUGCUCAAAUGAAGAAUUUGAACUUAUCCAAGUAAUAAUUAACCUGUAUUUAUAAGUAAAUUGUUGUCUUUGCUCAAAUGAAGAAUUUGAACUAAUUCAAGUAAUAAUUAACCUGUAUUUAUAAGUAAAUUGUUGCCUCUGCUCAAUUGAAGAAUUUGAACUAAUCCAAGUAAUAAUUAACCUGUAUUUAUAAGUAAAUUGUUGCCUUUGCUAAAAUGAAGAAUUUGAACUAGUCCAAGUAAUAUUUAACCUGUAUUUAUAAGUAAUAUUUUUAGAAGCAUUUUGUGUUAAAAUUUUGUAUUAUUUGUAUAUAUACUGUGUAUAUGUAUAGGAAGGAGUUAAAAAAUAUACAAAGAAACCCAAUUUAUUCUUCAAUUUCUACUUUGCAAAUUUUAUACAAAUCUCGUUCUGGUAACAAAUUUACAAAUAUUACAUUAACAAAGACGUACAUUUUAUGUUACAUUCAUGGAUAUGAUUAAAUAAUUCCAUUUUUGAGUGAAUUAAAUUAAUAUAUUUAUUCUAUAUGUCUUUACAUAUUAGUAUGGGCGUGGUUAGAUUGAUUGCCAUAGGUGCUUGUGAGAUGUAAUUGUAUCUAAUGAAAAACUAUGGUUAUGAAAAACUAACGAUAAUAUAAGUCAAACCAACCUAAGUCUAGUGACUGGAUGAUAAGUCUAAUAAUAUCACAGCUACCUCGAAAUCCUUUGUUUCACGAGGGACGAUUAAUGACUAAUUUACCUCAUUGCUAAAACAUGAGGGACGAUUAGAAACUAAUCAUCCCACGGGACGAAUAGUUACUAAUCGUUCCUCAUCUUUAUGCCUAACCUCUUAUAUUGAUGUUCAAUUAACUCACAAAAGAUAACAAUUCAUAUCAUUUAUUCACAAUAUGUUAAUGUUUUCAGUCUGAACAUUUGCUCCUUGCAAAAGACCUCCGAUAUGUGACUGGCUUUAAUUGUCAAUAUACGAAUUUACUAAUAAAUUAUCUUCAUCGCUUAAAGUUAUUGAUUCAUUUGUCAGAAACCGUUUUACUGUCUCGGUAGCUAUGAUAUUACAAAGUGAUAGCAUAGCAUUACGGUCGAUUAGUGAUGAAAUGUCCCUCAAACCUCGAGAGGUUGAGUAUUAGUAAAAUAGGUUUACUAAACCUCUCUCGGCUUUCGGGUACAUUUAAUCACUAUUCGACCUGAAUGCCAUACUAUUAUUUAUUUGUAUUUUGCAUUUAUACUGCCCAAAACUGUAAUUCUAUGAUACCUAUUUUAUUAACUACGUUUUUAUUUACAACUGUGAAACCAGUUAAAAAAUUGUUUUCUUUUUCAACACCGUUUUAAUUGUGAAUUAUUUCCCUUUCAUUGUCUGUGAGUAUAUUAUGUGUUUUCUACGAGAUUUAUUUUGCGAGGGAAGGUGGUCUUUUGUGUCUAUAGAAAAUUGCAAAAUACAAUGAAAAUUAGUAGUUGUAGUGGAAACACAAUAGAAGUAGAAAAGAAUCAUUGAUAAUUAAUAGAAUAAAAUGCAAGAAUACAAUAGAACACAAUGGAACACAAUAGAAUACAAAUACAACAAUAUAUAAGAUACAAAGUAAUUAAAUGCAAUUAUUUUUAAGUAAUUAAAUACGAUUUAGUUUACCUGAUUGAAAGGACAAUUUCUGUUAAGCAGGACUGUCAACUCGUUCCAAAGUCUCUCUUUUAAAACCUAUGUUGUUGAUUCCCUGG